CGAUCUCCACUGCACACUAUUAUCCUGUGAAUAAGACUAGAAAAGAUUGAAUUUGUACUAACCCCUGGUGGGCCCUGGGCGCGGGCAGCAGCCGCCCGCCCCCCUCAGCACCCCAGUCCCGCGCCCGCCUGGCCCUGGCCUCGCCUGCUCCGUUCCCAGCGCCUGUAACUUUAACAGACUGAAAAGUUUCUUUCAGCCUUUCUGCUGCUCUCCUCCCAUUAACCCCUCGGCUGCCGGCUGGAAUUUCGCAACCAUUCACCCCAGUGCUGGGGCCAGCAGCUCCCUGCCCCCUUCUCCUUUCGGGCCCAGCCAAGUUUCAGCCCAGGCAGCGUGGGUGGGUGGGGAGCCAGGCGGGGAGGGAAGCGUAAGCAGCACUGGCUCUGGCUCUGGCUCUGGCUCUGGAAGGGGCCAGGCUCUCCCUGGGCUUGGACUGGAGGUUUCAAUCUUGUGCUGGGAACUUUUCUGACACCCGGGCGCCGGCGGCGGCUGAGAGACGCGGGGAGUCAGGUGUGGACACCGCGACGGGAGGCUGAGAGCGGGGCGAGCCCACCGGAGCCAGCUCUGUCUCGGGGCUCGCUUGGGGCUUCCUGGCCCAGUUGGGGGCAGGAAUUUGUUUCCCCCGAGCCCCUGCAAACCAGCCUUCGAGGCCCGGAUCCGCCGUGUGGAGCCAGCGCUGAUUCGGGACCCGCCUGGACCAGUUCCAGCCUCGGGCCCCCUGGGUGUGUCCGUCAGGGCAGGGCUCCUGGCUCUGGCCCCCGCCUCAGUUCCAGGAGCGGGCGAUUUGGGGGCUUGUUUCGGCUGGUAGAAGAUGGGCAAGGCCUGCAGGUCCCUCCUGUGCGUGCUGGUGGCCUGCUGGCUGGGCACAGGCGCUGCCCAGUCGGACCUGCACUUCCUGGAGAACCCCUCGAACCAGACCGCGUCCCUGGGCAAGGACGUGCGGCUGCGCUGCGCCAUACAGCUGAGCCAGGAGCUGCCCGAGAUCAGCUGGCUGCGGGACGGGCAGGCGCUGGAGCUGGCCGACAGCAACCAGGUGCAGAUGCCCAUAAACGAGAAUGUCUGGCUGGCCAUCAGCGAGCUCAGCAUCCCGUCCGUGCAGCUCUCCGAUGCGGGCAGCUACCAGUGCGUCCUGUGGGUGAACGGGGAGGAGGUGCUGUCCGAUGCCGCCCACCUGGGGCUGGAAGGUCUGCCCUUCUUCUCCGAGGAGCCCCAGGAGCUGGAGGUGGCAGCUGACACCCCCUUCAACCUGAGCUGCAGCGCCCAGGGCCCCCCCGAGCCGGUGCAGAUCAUCUGGCUGCAAGACGGGGCCCCCCUCAACUCCCUGGUGGACCCCCUGGCACGGGUGCCCUCCACGCUGGCCGUGAACAGCCUGAACAGAAGCGCCUCGUUCUCCUGUGAAGCCCACAAUGCCAAGGGCGUGGCCACCUCCCGGACCGCGGCCGUGACAGUGGUCCCCCAGCGGCCGAGGAGCCUGGUGCUGGUGACACGCAGCGAGAGCGCCCUGGAGGUGGCCUGGGAGCCGGGGGCCAGCGGGGCGUCGCCCCUCAGCGUCUGCACCGUCCAGGCUGUGCGCACCGACCAGGACCUCAGCACCGUCCCCGCCGAGGCCAUGUACAACCAGACCCUCAAUGUGCCGCCCUUCCACCACCUCAUCCAGGGGCUGGCGCCCUUCGCCUCCUACCACGUCCGCGUGGCCUGCCGCAGCGGGGCCGGCGCCUCCCGCUGGACCCACUGGGUGCCCAUGGAGACCCUGGAAGGGGCGCCCCGUGCCCCCCCGGAGAACGUCACGGCCUUCCAGAACGGCAGCCGGGCCACGGUGCACUGGCUGGAGCCACGCGGGCCGCUCGGCGGGAUCCUGCGUGGGUACAGGCUGGCCUAUCAGAGCCCCGGUUCGCCCGAGGUGGUGGUGGAUGUGGGGCUGACCACCGAGAAGACCCUGGAGCUGGUCUCGGAGGUGCAGAACCUGAUGGUGCGGGUGGCAUCGUACACCAGCGCCGGGGACGGGCCCUGGAGCAACGCCGUCGUGGUCUCCCCAUCCCAGCCGCUCGCCCCACAGACCGAGCAAGUGAGGGAGACCGCGGCCCCCGCCUUCUCGUGGCACUGGUGGGCUGUGAUCCUGGCCGUGGGCCUGGCCGUGGCCUUCGCCAUCUUCUUCGUCCUCGUCCUGGCCCGGCUGCGCAAGAAGGAGACGCGCUUUGGGGAGGCCUUUGAGCCCCGAGUGGAGCAGGGCGAGCUGGUGGUCCAUUACCGUGUCCGCAAGUCGUACAGCCGCAGGACCACGGAGGCCACGCUGAACAGCCUGGGCAUCAGUGAGGACCUGAAGGAGAAGCUGCGGGACGUGAUGGUAGAUCGGCACAAGGUGGCCCUGGGGAAGACCCUUGGUGAAGGCGAGUUCGGCUCCGUCAUGGAAGGGCAGCUCAACCAGGACGACAGCGUCCUCAAGGUGGCCGUCAAGACCAUGAAGAUCGCCAUCUGCACCCGCAGCGAGAUGGAGGAUUUCCUGAGCGAGGCCGUCUGCAUGAAGGAGUUCGACCACCCCAACGUCAUGAAGCUCCUGGGGGUGUGUCUGCAGAGCACGGAGAGCGAGGGCUUCCCCUCGCCCGUCGUCAUCCUGCCCUUCAUGAAACACGGCGACCUGCACAGCUUCCUGCUCUACUCCCGGCUCGGCGACAGCCCCCUGGGCCACUGCCCCCUCCUGCCCCCAGCCCCCUCGUGGCCCGGCCCACGCGGCGCUGACGCUCUCCUCCCGCAGUGGUCGUUCGGGGUCACCAUGUGGGAGAUCGCCACGCGGGGGCAGACGCCGUACCCGGGCGUGGAGAACAGCGAGAUCUACGACUACCUGCGCCAGGGCCAUCGCCUCAAGCAGCCCCUCGACUGCCUGGACGGACUGUACCAGCUGAUGAGCAGCUGCUGGGCCCUGCACCCCAAGGCGCGCCCCAGCUUCGAGGAGCUGCACGGGGCGCUGGACAAGACGCUGCGGAGCCUCCCGGCCGCCCAGGGCCCCGACGAGAUCCUCUACGUCAACAUGGAGGACGGGGGGGCGGAGCCGGGCGCCGUGGGGGGGCCGGGCCCCGAGCCGCCGGCCAAGGAGCAGCUGCUGCCAAAGGGGGCCGUGGCGGCCCAGGUGCACCGGGCCGAGGGGGCGGGACGCUACGUCCUGUGCCCCGCCCCCCCCGAGAGCGGCCGGCGGCCGGGUGACCCCCCCGCCUCCCCCGCGCCCUGCGCCGCCUCCGAGGAGGGGGCCUGAGGGGGGCUGAUCCCCAGGGGGCCCCGAGCCCCGUCUCACUGGCAGGGCUGGGCAGCCUGCUGGGGUGGCCCGGAGACCCCCCCUCUCCCAGCUGCCCCCAUCUCCUGUCUGAGCCCCCGAUCCUGGGCCCCGCCCCCCAUCUCCUGUCUGACCCCCCCCCGAUCCUGGGCCCC